UCUCGGUGGGAAGAGGGAGGAGGUUUGUGCCGCUGGAGCUCUGACGGCUUCUCCUGCUCUUCCGUCUCCGCAUCCCUGACAGCAUUGCUCCCAAUCCUCCUUCCCACAAUCCACACACAAUCUCCUCAGAAUAGGGAUGAUGUCACUUCCUUCCAGAGGGUGCUGGGGGUGUGGAACUGUGGGGGAGUCACGACCCCUGGCUCUCGGCAUUCCCCGGAAUAAAUGAGGGAACCGCUCUGAGGAUGAUGCCCGACUCUGUCGGCAGGCGAUUCCCACACCGUCCUUCCCUUUGCCGAGUGGGAUUUUCCAUGGCUGCACGAAGAGUUGGUUGUUCCUUCCUGAGCUUGUGAUGCCUGUCUCCGUGGAAUUGCACUUUUCCUGGGAAACCCUGCCGGGAGAGGAGGAUGCUCAGCGGCUGGACCACAUACCAUGAGGUGAGUGUCACGCCUGCUGAACUUCCCAGGACCCGCCAGCCAUGCCAGGGAUUGUUGUGUUCCGCCGUCGCUGGUCCGUGGGCAGCGAUGACCUGGUUCUGCCAGCCGUCUUCCUCUUCCUCCUGCAUACCACCUGGUUCGUGAUCCUGUCCGUGGUGCUCUUCGGGCUGGUGUACAACCCCAAUGAGACUUGCUCCCUGAACUUGGUGGACCACGGCCGGGGCUACCUGGGCAUCCUGCUGAGCUGCAUGAUCGCCGAGCUGGCCAUCAUCUGGCUCAGCAUGCGUGGCAGCAUCCUGUACACCGAACCGCGCGACUCCAUGCAGUACGUGCUCUACGUCCGCCUGGCUAUCCUGGUGAUUGAGUUCGUCUAUGCCAUUGUGGGAAUCGUAUGGCUGACCCAGUACUACACCUCCUGCAACGACAUCACGGCCAAGAGCGUCACUCUGGGAAUGGUGGUGUGUAACUGGGUGGUGAUCCUGAGUGUGUGCAUCACUGUGCUCUGCGUCUUCGACCCCACGGGCAGGACCUUUGUCAAACUGCGGGCCACGAAGCGCCGGCAGCGCAACCUGCGCACCUACAACCUCAGACACCGACUGGAGGAAGGCCAGGCUAGCAGCUGGACAAGGAGGCUCAAAGUGUUCCUUUGCUGCACAAGGACAAAGGACUCGCAGUCGGAUGCCUAUUCCGAGAUCGCCUACCUUUUUGCGGAGUUUUUCCGGGAUCUGGACAUCGUGCCCUCCGACAUCAUCGCGGGGCUGGUGCUCCUGAGGCAGCGGCAGCGGGCCAAGCGCAACGCCGUCCUGGAUGAGGCAAACAAUGACAUUCUGGCUUUCCUGUCUGGAAUGCCAGUGACCAGGAACACUAAGUACCUGGACCUGAAGAACGCGCAAGAGAUGCAGCGGUACCGGGAGGUGUGUUACUACAUGCUCUUCGCGCUGGCUGCCUACGGGUGGCCCAUUUACCUGAUGCGGAAGCCCACGUGUGGACUGUGUCGCCUGGCCAGAUCCUGCUCCAGAUGUUGCUGCCUGUGUCCCUCCCGGCCCCGCUACGCUCCGGGUGUGACCAUCGAGGAGGACAACUGCUGUGGGUGCAAUGCCAUCGCCAUCCGGCGUCACUUCCUGGAUGAGAACAUGACCUCGGUGGACAUUGUCUACACUUCCUGCCACGAUGCUGUUUAUGAAACCCCUUUCUACGUGGCCGUGGACCAUGACAAGAAGAAGGUGGUGAUCAGCAUCCGAGGAACACUGUCUCCGAAAGAUGCCCUGACGGAUCUGACGGGGGAUGCCGAGCGCCUGCCGGUUGAGGGGCACCAUGGAACGUGGCUGGGACACAAGGGAAUGGUGCUCUCUGCUGAGUACAUCAAGAAGAAGCUGGAGCAGGAAAUGGUGCUUUCCCAAGCUUUCGGACGUGACUUGGGCAGAGGGACAAAACACUAUGGAUUGAUUGUGGUUGGCCAUUCCCUGGGAGCUGGAACUGCUGCUAUCCUAUCCUUCCUGCUGCGUCCCCAGUAUCCCUCCCUGAAGUGCUUUGCCUAUUCCCCCCCAGGUGGGCUGCUCAGUGAGGAUGCCAUGGAGUAUUCCAAGGAGUUUGUGACUGCAGUGGUGCUUGGGAAGGAUCUGGUGCCCAGGAUUGGGCUCUCCCAGCUGGAGGGAUUUCGCCGGCAGCUCUUGGAUGUUCUCCAAAGAAGCACCAAACCAAAGUGGCGGAUCAUCGUGGGGGCCACCAAGUGCAUCCCCAAAUCGGAGCUUCCCGAGGAGACGGAGGAGAACUCGGCGCCGAGCAACCGGCUGUGGGCGCACCCCAGUGACCUGACCAUCGCCCUGUCCGCCAGCACCCCCCUGUACCCGCCAGGCCGCAUCAUCCACGUGGUGCACAACCACCCUGCCGAGCAGUGCUGCUGCUGCGAGCAGGAGGAUCCCACGUAUUUUGCCAUCUGGGGGGACAACAAGGCCUUCAAUGAGGUGAUCAUCUCCCCAGCCAUGCUCCAUGAACAUCUUCCGUAUGUGGUCAUGGAGGGGCUCAACAAGGUCUUGGAAAACUACAACAAGGGAAAAACCGCUUUACUUUCCGCAGCUAAGGUGAUGGUGAGUCCGACGGAAGUGGAUCUCACUCCAGAGCUGAUAUUCCAGAGCCAGCCCUUGCCCAGUGGCCCUUCCAUUCAGGUCGGAACUGGAGCCAUCCCAGCAGAGAGGAGGAACAGCAGCACCAAGAGCAAAUCCCACUCGGAGAUCAGCCUGGAGGGCUUUUAUGAGACGAAGCCACUUUCCCCGGUGCAGAAGGACCCGGUGGAGCUGCUGCUCCUGGACACAAAGGAACGCCUUUCUGUGGAGCUGCAGGACCGCCGGGCCCCUCUGGCCACCAUGGAGAGCCUCUCGGACAACGAAUCCAUCUACAGCUUUGACUCCCGGCGCUCCUCCGGCUUCCGCAGCAUCCGGGGCUCUCCCAGCCUCCACGCCGUCAUGGAGAAGGACGAGACGCACUGCUUUUAUAUCGAUCCCAUCAUCCCCGAGGAGAACCCUUCCCUCAGCUCCCGGACUGAGCUGCUGGCUGCUGACAGCCUCUCCAAGCAUUCCCAGGAGACUCAGCCCCCGGAGAAUGUCCUUAACAGCGGCGGAAGCACCCCGCAGCGGCGCUGCAGCGCCCAGGGCGCUCGGAGCGAUGGGGAGUGCAGCUCCUCGUCCCCCCGGGAAGAGCCAGCGCUGCACAACGGCCGCCUGGCCGAUGUCCCCAGCCCCCAGGUUUUGGAAUUCGCCGAGUUCAUUGACAGCCUCUUCAACCUGGACAGCAAGAGCAGCUCCUUCCAGGACAUCUACUGCAUGAUGGUGUCGGACAGCUCCAGCGACUUCGCGGAGCUUCCCAAAUCCAUGAGUGACCAGGAGAUCCUGCUGAGGGCGCAGUAUGAGCCCAACUUGGUCCCGAAACCGCCGAGGUUGUUCGCGGGAUCGACGGAUCCUUCGUCGGGCAUCUCCGUGUCGCCAUCCUUCCCCCUCAGCUCGUCCGGAGAGCUCAUGGACAUCACUCCCAUGGGCGUGAGCAGCCAGGAAUGCCUGACCACAGAAAAAAUACGGACUUCCACCCCCUCCGGACACGUAACCAGCCCUGCCAAGCAGGACGACCUCAUGAUUUCAGCCCUUUAGUGCUUGGGAAAAGGGGUGGAAUGAUCCGGGGGGAUAAUCCGUGGAGGAGAGGAACGGUCAGGAUCAGAGGAGACGGCUGGAAACAUCCCUUCCAGGAUGGCACAGCGGUGCCUGGAGGAUGGAUUGUGCUGGAAUGCUGUGCUUGGAGCUUGGGAGAGGCUUUACCCUGUGGGACCUGAGAGGGUCUGAGGCACUAAAAUUCCCUACCUCAGCCUGGCUCUCAUUCCAGAGGCAGAUUCCUUCCCCUGGGGCACCUGCUGCGUUUGGGGAGCGAGACCCCCUGCUCUGGGAAUCCUGUGGGUUUGAUUCCAUGAAACUCAAGGAUGGAGAGUUGGGAGCAGGAGCGGGGCUGGGAUGGAUCCCCCCUCUGGACCAGAGCCGCUGGUUUGGGGAAUGAGCGGAUUGAGACUUUGGGCCCAAUUGCACUAUCACGGAUCAGGCCCAGGCUCCAAUCUGGCCACUUCCAUGGGGAUUGCUUUUGUAGGACACUCCAGUUUUAAAGCCAUUGGGGCUGUAUCCCCUCCAAAUCCAGCCUCCCGUUCCUGGCCGGGUGCAGCGGGAAUGGGACUGGCACCAUGUUUCCUCUCACCCGAGUGUUCCUGAGGGAAAGACGCUGUUCCCAAGAGCCAAAUCCCUCUGCCACAUCCAAGUUCUCUUGGAUCUCACCACCGUUGCUCCUGGAUUCUCCGGACCCCUCUGAGCUAACGACAUUCCUGCGGGACUGCUGAGAUUCUCAUCUCAGAGCUGUGUGGAGGCAUCGACUGGAAAACUGACCCAGCAUUGUUUUCCGAGGCCCUGUGGAAUCUGGGAGCCUUUCCUGGAUCCCCCUGGGUCCUCACACUGCCCAUAUGCAGCAACCAUGGAUCGGUGUCAGCCUGUUGUUAGGAACUUAGGGAAAAGAUGGACUU